AUGGGCGUGUCCCAGGACAGCCAACGACGCGUCUUGCGGCGCGAGCAAGUGCGAGCCGUCGAAGCGGCCCUCGGCGCCGCCAACGCCCUCUCCAACGAAGCCUUUGUCUCGGAAUACCUAAAACCCGAUGAGGCAUCGUGGCCGCGGUGGACGCACCCCGCGACGCGGCAGGACUACGCGCUCAGCCUGCGGUCGCCGCAGGACAUGGCCGAGGCGGAGCUGGCGGCGUGCUUUGCGCUGGUUGAGCGCACGAGCGCCGCCGAUUACCGCCGGGCGGCCGCCGGCUGGCACCCGCUGGCGAAGCGGGCCGAGAUGCGCUCGCCGGGCCUGCGGUACGUCCUCGUCCGGCGGCGGCACGCGGCCAGCAGCGGUGAGAUUCGCGCCUUUGCGUCGUUUAUGCCGACGUGGGAGGACGAGUUUGCCGUCGUGUACUGCUACGAGAUUCACCUGCAGCCCGAGCUGGAGAGGUACGUUGGGUGGUGCAUGGCUCGUGUUCCCAAUUGGACUGGCUUCGAGGUCGUCUCGUCUUCUUCUUCUCCCCGGACAGGCUUGGGCGGGCUGCUCAUGGGCCACGUCACGGCGGCGGCGGACCGCAUUGGCGGCGGGCUGGACAAGACGAUGCUGACGUGCUUCGUGUCCAAUGCGCACGCGCGCCGCUUCUACGAGCGGCUGGGGUUUCGGGUUGAUGCGAGCUCGCCGCGCCCGCGCCGGCUUCGGGACAGGCUUCUCGAGCCCGACUAUGUGAUCCUGAGCCGGCCCACGACGACGGCGACGCGGCGUGGGGAUGGGGUGGAGGAGCAGGAGGAUGCGGCGCUGGCGGACGAGGGGCACCAGCAUAAGAGAGCAAAAAAACACGGCGGUAUCGGACGCGAGCAAAAAAAAGACGAAGAAAACGAUAAAAACGACGCAUCACUAGACAAGGGCCCGUCUUGA